AUGUGGCGUGCUCUGCUUUCUCUUGCCUCUGAUUCCCUGCCAGCGCUGCUGCUCGUCUGUGCUGCUGCUCGUCUGUGCUGCUGCUCUUCUGUGCUGCUGCUCUUCUGUGCUGCUGCUCUUCUGUGCUGCUGCUCUUCUACCUUCAAGUACCAGGACCCACAGUGUUACUCGGCCAAUCUGAACCACGUGGUACUCGUUGUGGGCUACUUCAUUUUCCGCGACGACGGCAGCCAGAACCGCAUAGCGCCGCCCUUCUGGAUCGUGCGCAACUCGUGGGGAGUGGAGUGGGGCGACCGGGGCCACAUGCGCAUGGACAUCCAGGGAGGGGACGGCGUGUGUGGCAUCAACGUGCUACCUGGCAUCGUGCCCAUUGUCAAGAUUCCCAAGGACCCGUGUGGGCUGAGGAGCUACAAGGGCGAUGGGGACGUGCAGCCCACGAUGAACCCAUGUGGGCGCUUCACGUGCCGCCCCGUCCCCAAGAACGACUCCAACUCCUGCGACUGCGUCAUCCCGGAGGAGCCCAAGCAGCCCUUCGCUGAGGUCGCCAAUGGAUACGGCUCCAACAUCUGUGCCUACGGUGAGGCUGUUGGCUCCAACACCUGUGCCUACGGCUGUUUGCGCCAACACCUGUGCCUACGGCUGUUUGCGCCAACACCUGUGCCUAUGGUGAGGCUGUUUGCGCCAACACCUGUGCCUAUGGUGAGGCUGUUUGCGCCAACACCUUUGCCUAUGGUGAGGCUGUUUGCGCCAACACCUUUGCCUAUGGUGAGGCUGUUUGCGCCAACACCUGUGCCUAUGGUGAGGCUGUUUGCGCCAACACCUGUGCCUAUGGUGAGGCUGUUUGCGCCAACACCUUUGCCUAUGGUGAGGCUGUUUGCUUGCGCCAACACCUGUGCCUAUGGUGAGGCUGUUUGCGCCAACACCUUUGCCUAUGGUGAGGCUGUUUGCGCCAACACCUUUGCCUAUGGUGAGGCUGUUUGCGCCAACACCUGUGCCUAUGGUGAGGCUGUUUGCGCCAACACCUUUGCCUAUGGUGAGGCUGUUUGCGCCAACACCUUUGCCUAUGGUGAGGCUGUUUGCGCCAACACCUUUGCCUAUGGUGAGGCUGUUUGCGCCAACACCUGUGCCUAUGCUGUGGUUAUGUGGACGUCUGUGGGUCAUACUUCAAGAGCCCCUGCUCUCAACUCUGUAACCUCCUUUGCUAAAUCCUGUAACCAUCUUUGCCCAACCCCACUCUGCAACCCGCCAGUGGACGUGUGUGGGUCGUACUUCAAGAACCCCUGUGCGGUGGGCACAUGCAUCAACGAUGGCAAGGGCGCCUACUCCUGCAUCUGCCCUCCCACCUACAUCUCCAGCCGCACCAUUCCCAACUUCCCCACCUGCGACCCAGUGAAUGUCACGGCCACAUCAAUGGCAGUGAGCGGGGUCAACUGGCGCUGCUCGGACGUCUAUCCCAUUGUGGGGAUAUCGUACAAUCAGUUCAAGCAGCAAAACCCUGGUGACACGUGUCGUUCCAUGGCAUAUCAGCUCAUAAUGACCCGCAGCAAGCUCAUGGAGCUCAACCCCGGGCUUGACUGCGCGGUGCCCAUCAAGCCCGGCCGCUCCGUAUGCAUCGAGCGCAGUGCUGCCUACGCGUACGCCGUUCCGUUAUGCCUCAAGUACGGGGUCAUGCUGGCACAGGACUCGUGCGAGCGCAUGCUGCAAGGGCUGGCGGGAGAUGUGAACGCGACGACGUGGGCCAUGCUGUAUCGCACCAACCCCGGGCUGGUGUGCUCGCAGGUCAUCCCGACUUCCAUCGCGGCGGUUGGCAGCAACAUCGGCGUGCAGGUGAUGUGUGGUUUUGGGGCCUUUGGUGUUGAUUUUGUUCACAAGCAGCGGUGGGAGUAG